AUGUCUUCUCCUACUAAAGGAGAAAGUGAUCCAGCUGAUAACAUUCUCAAACAUUCAGAAGAUGAGGCUCCAAAUGACUUUAGUAUGGAUAGAGAGACUGCUUUUGCUGAAUCAGAUAUGAUUGCUCAGGCUGAAAGCAACCCAAUGGAUCUGGAGCUAGACACAGCAAAUGAGCAGGAGCACACUGUUCUUCAACCCACAGAGAAUAACAAGCUUGAAGUAGAGAAGAAUAAAGAGGAACCUCAAGAAGAUUUAAAAGAAGAUUCCCAUCUAGUAGAGAUUCCUAGUAAAGAGGUCUUUGCUAUGUCAGGAUUAGGGAGAGUUACCCCUCUGAAUACACCACUAGCAAAUACAAAUGAAACUAAUCCAAUAACUCCCUCACCCAAUAGACCAAGUUUCACAUCAGGAAACACUCAGAGGGAAACUGGAAAGAUCUAUUAUGUCAACAUAAAUUACAAAAUCCCUUUCCAGUUUUCACUUUCUUGGAAAAUACCAUUUACUAACAUUCAUGAGAGGCGAAGAAUGUUUCUUCGCAUGGUGUGUGAGGGAUAUUUCUCUCACAUUUUAGGCCAUCGUAAUACCAUGCGGGUAAAGCCAAAAUUUAGAGCACUUCUCAUAGGCUCCAAUACUUCCAGAAAUGGUGAGAGAGCAACAACACUUAGAAGACCCCUGAGGGUGCACUUCUGCAAUGCCCUCUGUGAGAGGAAGGCAGGCAAAAAAAUGUCCAUAUCAACGGAUGCUGACAAGGAGAAAUUUCCACAGACCAAAUUUGAAAAUGCACUUCGCAACAAAGUUUCUGAGGAUAAUUUGAGAGUGAUGAUUACACUAACUGACAAUGGUUGGAAGUACUUCUGUCCCAUUUGUGGGGGCACUUUUGACAGUGUAGUUGAACUGAGAAUCCACUCCUGUAGUUCUCUGGAGGACUAA